AUGGAUGGUGUCGGCGAGGCGGCGGCGACGACUCCAUCAGAUGGUUUUUUCCUCCUGUUCUGUCCCCGUUGCUGCGGCGUUGUUUCCGGCGCCAAGGCGGAGCAGAGAGGAUUCGUCCAGGAGUACGUGCAGACGAUGGUCUGCACUGGUGACAGCUGGAAGAUGGUGCACCUUGUGGUGGGUUUGUGGUUGAAGGCUGAUGGUUCUGGUUCCCUACUCCGAUAUCGUCGUGCGUGGGUGCCAGUGCUGAAGUUCGAUGGCGUGUCCAGGGACAUGCUGCCCUGGUCUGAUUCUUUCAACGGCAAUGGUUUGUCCUAUGGCAAACUACAUUGGAGGUCCGAAAAGCUGAUGAUCAGCGAUGGAGCCGCGUCGAGCUCAGGUGAAGAGCAACCUCCAAAUAGCCCAGACCUGAAUGUGCUCGAUCUAUGCUUCUUCAGGUCUCUGCAGUCCCUCACUGAUACCAGAGCACCAAACAAUAUCAGGGAGUUGAUACAUGGCGUGGAGGAAGAAUACAGGAACUACGAGGUCAACAAACUGUCUCGAAGCUUCAUCACACUACAAUCCUGCAUGAUUAGGAUGAUCAAGAUGGGUUCUGUUCCUUCUGUGCCCUUAAAGAACUUAUGGAAGAAUCGAUUCAAAGGCCUAGAUUUGCUAGAAUUGUCUUCACAUUUUAUACCAGGACAACAAGAGGAUGCACAUGAGUUCCUUCGUUGCUUGUUGGAUAAUUUGCAUCAUUGUACCCUUGAUCCCAAAUCAAAGGGGAAGCCCUCAUCUUUUGAUGAGGAAAGUAUUGUCAAGCACGUGUUUGGAGGUCGACUAAAAAGCCAGUUGACAUGCCGUGAAUGUGGUCACUGCUCCGAGACAUUUGAGCCCUUCCUUGAUCUCAGCUUGGAGAUUGACCAGGUCGAUGACCUUAUUGUUGCGUUGGAAUCUUUUACUAAGGUGGAGCAAAUCGGUGAUCUUGAGAACAAGCUAACAUGUGAAAGAUGUAAUGUUGAAGUUUGUAAGGACAAGCGGCUUAUGCUUGAUAAAGCACCUGAUGUUUUGACACUUCAACUGAAGCGCUUCACCACACUUGAUAGCUCAGUUGAAAAGAUUGACAAACAUGUGUCAUACCCAUCAGAACUUGAUUUGAAGCCGUUCCACAGUAAUCCAGAGACAGAGCAUAUUUUGAUGUUUUGUUUGUAUUCUCAACUGCAUCAGGAGCUGAAAUAUGAUCUUUAUGGUGUCGUUGAACAUUCUGGAUUACCUAACUUUGGCCAUUAUGUGUGCGCCAUUCGUUCUUCACCAAGCAGUUGGCACUUGAUGGAUGACUCACAUGUUAAUUCCAUUACGGAGACAAGUGCACUACGACAUGAAGCAUAUGUUCUCUUCUAUGUUAGGCAGGGUAUGUUCCCGUGGUUCUCAAGUUUGAUAGACGAAGCUACUAACACAAGUCAACAAAGAACAUCUGUCGAAGAUGAAAUCAACAACUCGGAGAGACCCUCAACUCGGAGAACAUCGGACCAUGAUGUGUUUGCCUUUGAGAAAUUAGAUGAGGAGGAUACUCGCUUGAUGCCUGCGACUGAACAUCAAAGGAAGGUGAAGAAACCAAAGACUAAAUCUGCGUCAAAAUCUGUGAAAGGCUCUUUCGUAGAUCAGAGUGUAUCAAGGUUAAUGAUGGACAUGCCGUCGGCACGAAGGCAAGGUUUUCUGGACUGCAUUAUCACACAACGCCAUGAGCAUGAGUCCUACAGUGGCCCUCGAAAGCUUCUCUUUUCAGUUGCAAAUGUACAUGCUAACAGCAACGGGGAGAAUGCUAAUACUCCAGUUAAUUGA